AGAGAGAGAGAGAAGAGAGAGCGAGACCCACACCACACAAGCUCGCUGACGCUCUGAGUAUCUCCCUUUUACUUUGCAGCCUCCCAUCACUUCCCUCUCUGUGCUGACCCACACCUGUACCUUCUCCCAAAUCGGCUGAUAUCUUCUGGCCCCGAACUCCAAUCUUAAAUUAAGAAACUGAUGGAGUGGAAGAAGGAGAGUUUCACUCGAUAGAAGAGCAGCUGUCAGCAACAGAGUUGCUUUAAAGAAAAUCGCCCGAGGGGGACAGAAACAGACGGGGACGAGCGGAGACAGGCGAAGGAGCGAAAAAGAGAGGAAGACUGCUUCAGGUGACCGAGUUGAAAUGGAGGUGCACGGCAUGCGCGAUUAGGGAGCGCUGGGCUUUUGUUAAGGUGGAUUACAAAAGUGAAAAAGCCUCCAGAACUGACCGGGACCGCCUUUUUUCUGCUUGAGUUGACGGAUUGUCUCCGAAUCAUGAACGUGUCGCCUCCAGACCGCAGGAAAAACAUGCGAGAAUUGGCUCUGGAGAUUGGCAUCAGAGUUCUGCUUUUCGGAGUUUUCGUAUUUACAGAGUUUCUGGAGCCCUUUGAGAGAGUGAUUCAACCAGAGGAGCUUUGGCUCUACAAGAAUCCUCUAGUUGAGUCAGACCACAUUCCCAAGAGGGUCAUGUUCGCAAUUUCAUUCCUUACUCCACUGGCAGUGAUAUUUGUGGUGAAGAUAAUUCAGAGGACGGACAAGACAGAGAUAAAAGAGGCUUGUUUAGCUGUAUCCCUUGCUCUUGCUCUAAACGGAGUCUUCACAAAUACUAUCAAGUUGAUUGUUGGCAGACCGAGGCCAGACUACUUACAGCGUUGUUUCCCAGAUGGGCAAAUGAAUGCAAAGAUGCUUUGCACUGGGGAGCCGGCGGUAGUCUCCGAGGGGCGCAAGAGCUUCCCCAGCAGCCAUUCCUCCUUUGCAUUCUCAGGUCUUGGUUUCACCUCCUUCUACCUGGCGGGAAAGUUGCAGUGUUUUACGGAUCAAGGUCGCGGGCGUAGCUGGCGUCUCUGUGCUAUGGUGCUGCCUCUUUACAGCGCCAUGAUGAUUGCACUGUCCCGGACCUGUGACUACAAACACCACUGGCAAGACGCCUUUGUUGGAGGAGUGAUCGGGUUGCUGUUUGCAUACAUUUGCUACCGCCAGCACUACCCCCCCUUCCUGCACAUGGACUGCCACCUGCCUUAUGCCAGCCUGGCUGUCGCCACGCACACGCCCAUGCAUCCUCAGGACGACCCGCAGCCCACUGACAACGCCACCACCCUUCCCCUGGAAGGCUUGACUGAAGGGCCAGUAUGACUAGUGGCCACCACUGAGACUACCCCCAACGCCCUCACCAAGCCGCCAAGCCCACCCCCCAUUCCCAGUGACUGACUGACUCUUGUAUACAUUCCAGUGGACAGUGAAACGCCUCAUGCAUUUCUAUUCUCUUAAACCCCACACUGCGGGUGGCACCUACAUUAUUCCUGUUUUGUUUUGUUUUUCUCUUUGAUUUUGCUCAGCAGCCAUUAAAGUCUAUAUUUAGAUGUGUUGUAUGCGAGGAACCUACGAAUAUGGGACAUUGCCACAGAGAGGGACGAGAAAAAAAAUGUUGAAAACCUGAGGAGAUGUCUUACUAAUGGCUGUGAAAGAAGAUGAAAAUAUUGCCAGCUUUCGCUGGAAUCUUUCUGCGUAAUGAGAGACACGGUUGGCAGGUUGCUAUAUGCUGGAGUAUAUUUAUUGUUUGGUUGUAAAGAAAUGGGACAGAUGGUUGAGGAGAUCCCAUGAAAUGUCACAGCAAUCAAACCAUGAAAUUAAACUAGUGUUAUUGUAUAUGUCACACUUUAAAACAAAAUGUGGAAUCUGAUAGCACCUCAUGCCAGAAACGAAACAACAUCCUGUGUUUCAUUUAAAUCUACAGAUGUCUUCUGCAUUUUGUAGGGCACCAGGCCUAAAACUUUAAGGCAUGCAGGAGCAGUCUAUAUUCAUACCUCUACUAUUUCCAGCAGUUUUAUUUUAUUGUCUGGCAGCAUAACGAUAAAUAAAGAACCAAUACUCACUUAGGGAAGCACAGCUCCAUGUCAAAAGCAAUGUUUUUUUUUUCAUUAUUCAAAUUCUCACCAUUCUCUUGGGCUUUAAACCCUGCAUAUCACCACUUCCUCAUUUCUCUCCCUCCUCCUCUCCUUGUCACCAUCAAACUCUAUUUUUCACUUGCUUUGCAUUUAACACUUGUUCCCCGAGGUUGCACAGGGACACGGACCCUCAGUGGGGGCAAUCAAUAACAGCCAAGCGGGAAUGCUGUGGCAGAAGUGUGUCUGGGAAGGCGCAAACCCCAAUCUGCUUCUGCAUUAAUCCUCAUUAAGCACGGUCAGCCACUGCUCCUUAUGAGGGCAUUAGAACUAUAUGAGGUGCCCCGUGAACUGCCCAUGCAUCGCAAAUGGCUUUCAGUCCAAUGUAGCCCCACAAAUAGACAAUCUAGUAUUCAGCAGACUAGAGAUCUGAACCCAGGGCUGUGAUUAUGGUGUAUUUAUCAUCCAUUAAAGUUCAAUUUUUUCUUAAUAUAGGGACAGCAUGUUGAAACAAGCAAACACCAAAGAUCUGUAGGUUUUUUUUAUGCCUAGGUAGUAUGCACCAAGUUUUUCAUUAUGAACAGAAAUCCCAGAUAGCUAGAUGACUGGUUUCCUAUCAUCAACAAAGCAAUUUGUAGCCUUUUGCAGUUAGAAAUGAUGUUUUUUUUCAUUGCCUUGGUUACUAUGCGCUUUUUUGCCAUUGCUGUGACAUUAAUGGGAAAAUUAGAUAUUAGGACAGCUCUAACCCAAACGAGCACUAAAAAGCAAUGUGUUGGGCGAUGCAGGAGAACUGCACAGCAUAACAGAAUGAAUGAGCAGCAAGCCAAAUGUAGAAAGCUUUUUUUUUUU